CUGAGGUACCUUCGUUAAACCUUCAACGCUCUUCUCAAACUCCUCAUCGUAUACGCGCAAUUGUGCGUCUCCUCUAAGUACGACUGAUCGAUCCUUACUCGUCAUUGAAUUCCUCUCGAUCCAGAUUCCGUUUGAUCGUAAAGAUGAAUAUCUUCUCCAAGAAACCGACUGGCAAAGAGGUUCUGCGUGAGAGUAAACGAGAAAUGGCCAACGCUACUAGAGGUAUAGAAAGGGAAAUCCAUGGAUUGCAAUUAGAGGAAAAGAGGCUUGUUGCCGAGAUAAAGAAAACUGCUAAAACAGGGAAUGAGGCAGCAACUAAAAUUCUUGCGCGCCAAUUGGUUAGGCUUCGGCAACAAAUAGCCAAUUUACAAGGUAGUCGAGCUCAGAUGAGAGGUAUAGCAACUCACACUCAGGCAGUCUCUGCCCAAACUUCGGUAGCUACUGGCAUGCAAGGUGCCAGUAAAGCUAUGAAAGCAAUGAAUGAGAAAAUGGCCCCUGCAAAGCAAGUGAAGGUGAUGCAAGAAUUCCAGAAGCAAUCGGAGCUAAUGGAUAUGACUACUGAAAUGAUGUCUGAUGCAAUUGACAAUGUCUUGGAUGAUGAUGAGGCUGAGGAUGAAUCUGAAGAGCUAACAAAUCAGGUGCUGGACGAAAUCGGUGUAGAUGUAGCCUCACAGCUGUCUUCUGCUCCCAAAGGAAAAAUUGCCGGGAAGAACGCCGAGGGUCCUGGCAACUCAAACAUUGAUGACCUUGAGAAGAGAUUGGCUGCCCUCAGAAAUCCUUGAAAAGGUUCAAGGAUCUCUUCUUAAGUCGGAUCGAAUACCAUGUAGCGCGAUUAUUUGGUAAUUAUAUCUUUGUGCAUAAUUCUUCCCCUGCUGUUUAUAUUGUUAUAACCACCUGCUUUACAUUUGUUAUUUACUUGAAGUUUUGGUUCAAAUUGUAGUCAAGAUAUGUUUAGAUUUUAAAUGGUUCAUGAUGUGUGGGCAAAGAGUGUGGCUUGAUUAGGGUGUUGAUUUAAUUCAGUACAUAAAAUAUAAAUUGUCAGCGCAUGGUUUUGAAUGAUAUCUAUUAGCAAAUCGAUCACUUAUUUUUUCAUUAUCCACAAUUAAUCAAAUAAAUAAUAAUAAUAAUAAUAAUAAUAAUAAUAAUAAAAAAAAAAAAGAUAGAUAUUCUUUUGUGUGUAAACUAUUAGCUUCAGCCGAAAAUUUACUCAAAAUGCGGCAAUGGUUUGAGCAGUGUUGGUUUGGUUGUUGGCGGUUGAUGACGAAAUUAUAUAAACGAACUACUCCCUCUUUAAUUUUGGUCCGUCCAACAAAGUAUCUAUUUCUUUUUCUUAGUAACUGUGUUAUAUCUGCCUAACAUUAUAAAUACCCUUACAAUUUACAAUAUAGUACACAAAUAUCAUUAUUUUCAAACCGAAGGAGUAUAUGUGACAGCAAAUAAAAUUUAGAAGUUUGAACUCGUAACUUCACAAUUACGAGUUUGUCUUCUCGCUCACACAUCACAUAGUUCAGACCUUUUUUUAAAUUCGGCAUUUACAUAGAGCACACUCAAAUAUGUAAAUAAAAUUGGAUUAGUGUGACUUUCCGAUCGAAUCUAGUUUGCAGAUUAUUAGGUUUGAUCAAAGAUUUUACCCAAUGUGCAUUUUCGGCGAGUAGCAACUACAGAUUCUUACGUAAUAAAUCAUAAAAAGAAAAUAAAAAGAAAAUGGUUACAAACAACAAAUAUAUAAGCUACAUACCGAGUAUGGCAGAAUACAUUUGGCAUUUAUUAAAAACCUAAAAGCCUCAGUCUUGUUGGGAAACAACAAAAAAAUUAAAAAUCGAAAAACUACAUCACAAACAGCUCAUCAAAAUCUUGGAUGAGAGCAUAGCAUAGCAUAGCAUACAU